GAGAAUGAUCGCCGCUUGAAAACCAUAACAAAUCUUCAAAGAUAAGAAUUAAAAAAAUGAAUAAAUUAAUGACAUUAGAAGCCGUAUGUAUAAGACGAUGUGUAAAUCAAACUUCAGUCAUUUUCAACAGACAACCUUUCCAUGUAGAUCAACAGAAAUAUCAGAAGAGAUUUUAUACACCAGGAGGUUUCUGGAAUUCAGUUUCGUCAAGUGUACCAGUAACAACAUUACAAGAAGGAAUUACACAUUUGCAUGAUAUUACAGGAUUACCAUGGUGGGGAACAAUUGUUGUAUCAACAGUUCUUUUAAGAACUGUUUUAACUUUCCCUCUCGCUAUUUAUCAAUCAAAGAUUUUAGCCAAAGUAGAAAAAAUCAGAGGUGAGAUGCCGGAAAUUGUAAAAGAACUAAAAAUGGAAACUGCAUACGCAGUUAGGAAAUUCCAUUGGAAUGAAAAACAAGCAAGGAUUAUGUACAAUCGUUCCGUAAAUAAUCAAUGGAACAACCUUGUUGUUCGUGACAAUUGUCAUCCAGGGAAAUCAAUUAUCGUAGUUUUGUUUCAAAUCCCACUUUGGAUCUCACAGUCUUGGGCAAUCAGAAAUCUCAUUCAUAUGCUCCCAGAUCCCACUUCAGUAGAAGCACAACUUACUGCUGCUGAAAUGCUUGUUGGAGGGUUUGGAUGGAUCCCAAAUUUGACAGAAGCAGAUCAUUCGCUUAUUCUGCCUGUGACUCUGGGUGUACUUAAUUUAACUAUUAUUGAGCUCCAAAAAGCUAGUAAAAAAGUUCAACUAAACACAAAACUUCAAAAGUAUGCAACAAAUUUCUUCAGAGUGUUGAGCGUUCUUAUGGUGCCCAUUGCAGCUUACGUUCCAUCUGGUCUUUGUCUCUACUGGGUAGCUUCAAGUAGUUUUGGAUUAGUUCAGAAUUUAGUUCUUUUAUCACCAAGACUUAAACGUUUUGCGAAUAUUCCAAAAGUGGACAGUGAAGUUGACAAACCUUACACUUUUUUGUUAAAUAAUAUUAAAGGAAAAUUUUCAAAGUAAUAAAAAGACUUUUAAUUAAAAUAGAGAAUCUAUUAGUAUUCCUGUAACAUGAAAUAAAAUAAGAAAAACAAUUUCAAUUGUUGUUUUAAAAC